CGUAAAAAACGGUGCCCGGCGUCGCUCCUUCACAAUACGCGUUCAGUCUUCGGCAUUAGUCCUUGCUAAACCGUCGUCUUGUGAACAUCUACGCGCGGUGUAACGAAGCCAUCGAGUCUGUCGGGGAAGUUCGCCUUCGGUAACCAAAUAAACAAAAAUGGUCUCCCUCUCGAGACUCGCUAUCAUCAAGUCUUUGCAACUGUUGGUGGUAUGUGUCCUCAUAGGACUGCAUUACCACUCCUUCAAUGUUGGAACUAUAUACAGCGCGAUGUUUACGAUGGGCACCUUUGGUGGAUAUCUAAUUAUUCUCGUGGGAUUAUGCGCUGGUAAUCUGAUGGGAACCCCAGUAAAUCGUCGCGUGGAUCUCUUCUUCAGCUUGAUUGGCUGCGCUCUGUUCAUCGUUGUCGGCGCCCUAAAUAUCGACUAUUUCUUGAACCUGGGUUACAGGAGCUCCUUCCGCGAUACAGGACUCGCCAAAGGAUCCAUCAGCAUAAUCGAGGGAGCGUUGCUCCUUGUCGACUCGAUCCUCACGUUCCGAGGGGAAGCAUAAGAGAAAAAAUAUUUUUAAAUAACGCCACGGACCGCACAAUCGUCAUUUGUUUUCAAUCAGUGCAAUCACAUUCCGCGAUAAGAAGCUGGCGGACGUUUCAUCGAUAAAAAAGAAAAUACUGCCAAAGAUCAAACGAUUCUACUUCGUCGCACAGUUUAAAGGAAAAGGUCCCUCGUUGUGAAACAGAUUUGGGGAACAGUAUUCCCUGUUACGGAGCUGCGUGAAAUUACGAAACGAUAAACGAAGUACAAAUAAAGGGAAUUUGUUAAUAAUGUUGUCAGACUCGUCACCGAGGGUAGAGAUAUAUUUUAGCUGUUUGUAUAAAAAGGUAAAUUUCGUACAUGGUUUCGAAAAAUAUUUCUUUCGUGUUAAUAUGGCUGUAACUACUGUUCGUAGAAAAGUCAUAGAAUAGACAACGAAUGUAAGGGAUAUUCGUACGACGAGUUACGAAGAUAUUUGAACGCUUGUAGUAAAUAACAAUGGGAUGCCCCCAUAGUUCGCGACACAAUAGAAUUUUGUAGAAUAAACGAAACACACAUAUUAUAGUGAAGUUUUUUAAAUAUUGUUAUGACUGUGAUUAAACACGAUUAUUAGAAUUGUAUUGGGAAAUUUUAGAGAGAAGGUAACACUGUGUAGCAUGUACAAAUUUUUUAUAAGUCCUUUUUAUCACCUUGGUACACAGUUCAUAUUUAUAGUAAAUUAUACACAUUUGCUACGUGUGUUGUAAUAUUUUCUUCAACGCUUUGCCAAUACGGUUAUAACGAUAUCUUAAAACCUUCUUGAACAAUAGGACUUGUUUAGACUCAUCGUUUCAUAAUUAUUUAUAAAUUAAUUAAUUUUAAUAUAAUUACCAGAGUCACAUAUUUUAUUAAACUAAUUUAUAAGCAUUACAUUGUAAUAAACAUUGACUGAAAUGAUGUUUCAUUAUUACGUUAGGAAGAUGACCGAACGUGAAACAUACUCUUCGAAGUUUUCGAUCGCAAGCAUUCAAAUACAUUCGUACUCGUUGAACGCGAAAUGUAUUUUAUUUCCAAAGAAAAUGUUUUUUAUAUAUUUUUUGACGUAAAUUCGUAUUAGAUAGUACAAUGAAAGUAGUAUUUAUAACUACAAAUUUUAGGUGUACAAUGUUAAAAUUGCAUCGAAAUGUUUUUCUGUAUUAAGCGGCAGUCCUUCUCUAACGUAAGGCCAGUGAAAGUGUAACCAUUAUUAUUGCACAUAAAUUAAGCAAUGAUUGCGCUCUAUACGUACGCUGCAUAAAAAUGAAACAACGGUUACUGCGCAGAAGUAACAUUUUUUUCUAUCGUGUCAUAUUGUAACUCGCUUAUCACGUUUAUUACGGUUUACUUGUUAAUUUAUACGUUUUUCACUAUUUUAAGAUCGAAAUAUAAAUGUUUAAUAACUGUAUUUAUCCGUUCUGAUCACUUUUACAAUUGACUCGAAUGAUUUGUAACAAACUAUUGUAAAUGUUAUUGUGCAAUACAUGUACCUGCAUACAGUUACGCAAAAUAAAUAAUUCUCUUUAAUUUUUUUAAAUACGUGUUAUUUAGACACGUAUUUACGGAAGUAAAUUUCGCAUGUAAUCCGUUAGAAAAAAAGGAUUCUGGACUUAAAGCAUUUGAUAGUAGCUGAACGAAGUAAAAGAUAGUGAACAUAGGUUGAGAAAUAGAACUUUAUAAUGCUAGUGACUUAUUCAAUGUUUCGAUAAUAAAAACAAUAUUAUAUUAUGAAUUUUAUAUUUGUAUUUAAGAGUUCGUACUGUUCGUUCAAGAGGGGGAAAAAUAUAUAAUAUAUAGAAAUAGAGAAUCGUAGUGGGUCAAACGUUUUAGUCAGCCUUCGUAAGGUCAAUGACU